AUGUACGUCAUAGUCAUCUUGGAGAACUUCACCAUCCUCUUCAUCGUGAAGAGGGAGCAGAGCGUCCAUGAGCCCAUGUACUAUUUCCUCUGCAUGCUGGCCAUCACCGACCUGGUCUUGUCCACUUCCACCAUGCCCAAAAUGCUGGCAAUCUUCUGGUUCAAUUCCAACGAGAUAGUUUUCAGUGCCUGCCUCACCCAGCUGUACUUUGUUCACUGCUUCUCAGCGAUCGAGUCUGGAAUCUUCGUGGCCAUGGCUGUGGACCAGUACAUGGCCAUCUGCCAUCCCCCGAGACAUUCCACCAUCCUGACAAACCGCAUGGUGGCCAAGAUUGGCCUGGUCAUGGUGCUGCGUGGCAGCAUGCUCGCACUGCUCUAUCCCUUCCUGGCAAGGCGGUGGCCAUAUUGCAGAACCAGCAUCAUCCCCCAUACGCACUGUGAGCACAUGUAUGUGGUAAAGCUGGCCUGUGCCGACAUCCGUAUCAGUAGUUACUAUGGCCUAUUGGUGGUAUUUUGUGUGAUUUGUCGGGAUGUGUUUUUUAUUGUCAUGUCGUAUACCCAGAUCCUUAGGGCCAUCUUCAGCCUCCCAACAAAGGACGCCCGGCUCAAGACUUUUGGGACCUCCCGAUUUGGGCAUGAUUUGCCCCUUCAUUUCCUUGUUUUUAUUGCCAACAUGUACCUCCUUAUGCCCCCAAUGCUAAACCCCAUCAUCUAUGGGGUGAGGACCAAACAGAUCCGGUACAGGCUUCUCCGGCUCUUUACGCAUAAAGGGACUUAA